AUGUCUAAAUCAUUCACCGUCGCCGACGUCGCCAAGUUCAACAACGAGAAGGAUGGCAUGUACAUCAUCAUCGACGACGGCGUCUACGACAUAACAAACUUCCUCGAGGAGCACCCCGGCGGCGUCAAGAUCCUCAAGCGCAUGGCCGGCAAGAACUCGACCAAACAGUUCUGGAAGUACCAUGGCAAGCACGUGCUGGAAAAGUACGGCGAGAAGCUCAAGGUCGGCAAGGUCGCCGAGACAGCCAAACUGUGA